AUGUCUUCAGAAGAGAAAGCGAGAUCCUCGGUUGAGGCUUCGCGCGACACGGCCCUCCCAGUCUUGCCAACUGUCAACCCCGAUGCGCAAAAGUCGGCGCCUGAACCGCCCUCUUUCCAUCCUGCUGUAUACAUUGCCACAUGGAUCACCCUCAGUUCCAGCACCAUUGUCUUCAACAAAUACAUCCUUGACACGGCCAAGUUCCACUACCCCAUCUUCCUUACAACAUGGCAUUUGGUCUUCGCCACCGUUAUGACGCAAUUCCUCGCCCGCUUCACCACCAUCCUCGACUCAAGAAAGAAGGUGCCCAUGACCGGGCGUGUAUACCUGCGAGCCAUCGUCCCCAUUGGUAUCUUCUUCAGUAUGAGCUUGAUCUGCGGUAACCAGGCAUAUCUCUACCUCAGUGUUGCCUUUAUCCAGAUGCUCAAGGCCACCAUGCCAGUCGCUGUCCUCCUUACCACCUGGGGUCUCGGUGUUGCGCCUGUCAACUUGAAGACACUCGGAAACGUCUCCUUCAUCGUCAUCGGUGUCGUCAUCGCAUCCAUGGGUGAAAUCCAAUUUGUUAUGAUCGGUUUCCUCUUCCAGUGCGCUGGUAUCGUCUUCGAGGCUAUUCGUCUGGUCAUGGUUCAGCGCCUGCUUAGCGGAGCUGACUUCAAGAUGGACCCGCUCGUCUCGCUCUACUACUACGCCCCCGCGUGCGCCGUCAUCAACGGUGUCAUUUUGCUUUUCACCGAGCUACCCAAGAUGACCAUGGCUGACGUGGACCGCGUUGGUCUGUUCACCCUUUUCGCCAACGCCUCCGUUGCGUUCCUGCUCAAUGUCUCGGUCGUAUUCUUGAUCGGCAAGACCUCUUCGCUCGUACUUACCCUCUCCGGUGUACUCAAGGAUAUUCUCCUCGUUUUCGCAUCCAUGUUCUUAUUCAAGGACCCCGUCACACCCCUCCAGGCUUUUGGUUACGCCAUUGCGCUCGGAGGUCUUGUCUACUACAAGCUUGGCGGCGAGAAGCUGAAGGAGUACCUCGGCCAGGGCAGUAUGAAGUGGCAAGAGCUUGGCCACACCAGGCCAGUCCUCCGCAAGUUGAUGAUCUUCACUGCUGUGGUCAUCUCCGUCUUCUUCAUUCUUGGCUCUCUUGGACCUCGCUACGCCCCCGACUCGACCAACCAGGUCUACAACGGUAUCGGCAAGCUCAUCGGUGACAAGGCUGUAUAG